AUGGCUUCUGUCGGAACCGAUGCUGAGGGCCAGGUGACCUUUCUGGUUCACUGCAUCAAGCAUUCUUCUGGUGGAAGGGUCGACUUUCGGUCUGUUGCCAAUGAUUGCAAAAUCGCGUCCAAGGCCGCUGCCGCCAAGCGGUUCGAGCGCAUCCUCAAGCCUUACGGAAUGAAGACCAGCGACUUGUCUAAGAAUGGCCCCAUCGGCAGUGCUGCUGCCUCUCCUGGUGGCGCCAGUGCCAGCCCCAAGACCCCCGGCCGGGCAACUCCUAAGGCCAAGGGCAAGCGCGCCCCCACUGAGACUCCCACCAAGGAGACCAAGCGCCUCAAGCUGGCUAACCACCCGGCUGUCUCGUCCUACAAUGACGAGGACGAUGCGGAGGAUGUGCCUCUAUUCAAGGUCAAGGAGGACCCUGAGGCUUCUGGCACCGACUCGGCCAACGGUUCGUACAACGAUAUUCCCCGAGGCCACGAUGACGACGACUUGCAACUUCUCUACGUUGUGGAGAAAACGACGAGCGAUUGCCCGAUUCACGAUCAUGUCGAGACCGACAAGCAUGCCAGCUUGCUAUCAUGGCUGGGGGUUCCUACCGGAAAUGCCAGUCUACGCAUGGCCGGAUACUUGCGCGACACACAGGGAGCUAGAAGCAGCACAGAUCGGGGAUUGACCCUCUAUGGGGACGAUAUGGCCGUCAUGUCUGACCAGAUUGCUGGCUGGGAUAGCUCGUACAUGGAAAUGAUCGAUGUCGAUGGUCAAUUAGACACUCAAAAAUAG